CGCCCCGCCUCCCUGCGGCCCUUACGCCAAUCGGCGCCCGCUCCCCGCUCCGCGCGGCGUCGCCCGGAGGAGCGCCGCGACUUCCGCCCGGCCGCCGCCGGAAGUGUGAUGUGGCCGCGAGCGGGUCGCCAUGUCUGCCAUCUUCAACUUUCAGAGUCUGCUGACUGUAAUCUUGCUGCUCAUAUGUACCUGUGCCUAUAUCAGAUCCUUGGCUCCCAGCUUACUGGACAAAAACAAAACUGGACUAUUGGGAAUAUUCUGGAAAUGCGCCAGGAUUGGUGAACGGAAGAGCCCAUAUGUAGCUGUGUGCUGUGUGGUGAUGGCCUUCAGCAUCCUCUUCGUACAGUAGCAACUGGAGAGUGUCCCUGGUGUCCUACUACCAAACAGCAAAGCAUGGAAGAACUUCUGCCAGGAAAACUUUGGGAAGUGCCGUCUACUCUCCUCUUCUACGUUGGAUAGCCUGUCUCUUUGUGGGCAACCCUCUUCCUCCAAAUGGACCAUCAUGUACAGUAUUAGUGAUUGUAAUGUAACUAACUCCAGUAUGAUAAGUACAUUCUAAUGUCACACCAGUACUGACACUGCUGAUGUAACUGUUAAAAAGGUGUCUGUUGUAUAUUCGAGUUCCAUGGGAGUAUAUUUUACACCAUGCAGUUGAAUAGGCUUUUCAUGUUUAUGUUUGAUAGACCUACUUAAAGAAAUUUAAAAAAUUACAUAUCUAGCAAUAGCAAUAAGAUCACUCUUACAAGAAUGAAGAACAUUAUAGGAUAUGUUUACAGAGGUAUUUUUGGUUCUUACUGUCUGAACAAAUCCUAUGAUGUUGUUAUAGGUAUAUUCACAUAAAGCAUGACAUCUUGUUUAAGUUACAUUCAACUUUUAUUUUCUAAACCUGAAAUUCCUUAAAUAAUCUAUCAAUAUUUUUAUUGUCAAGAUGAAAUAUAUAUAAAGACAGGGAUUGGGAUCAUUAUUGUAGUGAUGUCAGACUAUCUGUUGAGGAUGCACCUAUGUGGGAUCUGAGAACCUUGACUACCCUGUGAAAUAUAUGUAUUCAUCUUUAGGAAUCUAGCUCUCAGAUAAAUCAUUCUCCAUUUUUUCAAAAUUGUGUCAAAAAGAUUCUAGUGGCUCAUGUGCUGUUGUUGAUACAUUUAAUACAAGGUUGUUAAAUCAGCUGAGUGAAUGGUUAGCUUCUUAGAAGUCUGCAGGUACAGAAGUUGUAUGUCCUGAUGUUCUAAAGGUUAAAGAAAACAACUAAAUUAGAUUACACUUACUAUUAGGUUAUCUUUUUAAAUACCUGCCAUUAGUGUUUGUUCUAUAAUUUUUCAAACUUUUACUGAUUUAGUAACUUAUUUUAAUAGUGCCUAACGGGUGUGUUUAUACCAGACAACUACAUGACUUCAUAUUGACUGCAUUUGAGAGAGUUGUCUGUCAGCAGUACUUUUUGUUGUUCUAAAAAUGUGUGUGAUCAGACUGAGCUUAGCUGGCAAUAAAACACACUGAAAGGUA